AUGUUCCGCCCCUCCCUGCCACUCCUCCUGAAUCGCACGUACAAGAAGACGCACAGCUCCAAGGGCAACCCGUGGCGCAUGAUCCGCGUCGGCGAGUCUUUUUGGCGCCCCCAGAACUACCGUCUCGCGUUUCAAAAAUUCUUCGGGAAGAAACCCUCCGCAGAGGAAGAUGCGGCACACACGCAAAAACUGUUUGUCCGGAGGAAGGAAGCGGAGGCUAGGAAGCGGGGGAAACCGGAAAGUCACCCGGAGGUGGAGGUAGACCAUGAGAGGAAAGCGGGGUACUUUCCGAAGGAAGCGAAGGCUCUAUGGUACAACAGGAAGUUGAAACUCCCAGCUGCUGAGCGAAAGAUAUCGGUCACCUCGUACAAGAAAAAUCCAGCACGGCUCGGAGCGAGGUCGUGA